CAUUGGUUUUAUGCUCCAUCGUUAUGCACAAAAAGCUGUUAUCUUUGUGCUUGAAAGCUGAGGCCUGAGCCUCCCUUUUUUGUGGAUGGAUCCAUCCUCAACAAUCUCACGAUAAAGUACCAAGAAUCCAUCAACCUAUACUUAGACAAUGUCCUUCUCUCUUCUCUCUCUUCCUCCCACCACAGCCGCUCUUCUCUCCCCUCAUUAUCAUUCUCCUUUCUUUCCUCCUAUUUUCUCUCUUUAUCCCCAUUCUUCCCUAUAUGGCUACACCACCACAAUAACCAUUCUUCCUUGUCAUUACAGACCAAGAGAAAGGUGUGGACGAGUUGGUUCCAUGGACAAAAGGCUAGAUGGGCAUUUCAGGGUAAGUUCUUGUUCUAGCUUUGAAGGCGGUAGAGAAGAAGGAGAAUUAGACGGUAGGAGUUGGAGAGGACAGAAUGAAAAAGGGCAAGUGGGGGAAGAAAAUUUUGAGAGUGGUCGCGAAGAAGAAGAGGAAGAUAUUGAGGCUUUAAGUCCUACUGCUGUUUUGCCUGAGAGAUGGGAUGUUCUUGGUCUUGGUCAAGCUAUGGUAGAUUUUUCUGGCAUGGUGGAUGAUGAAUUUUUGGAAAGAUUGGGAUUAGAGAAGGGAAUAAGGAAAGUUGUGAACCAUGAAGAGAGGGGUAGAGUUUUGCGAGCUAUGGAUGGUUGCAGCUACAAGGCAGCUGCUGGAGGAUCUCUUUCAAACAGCCUAGUGGCAUUGGCAAGGCUUGGCUGCAAGCCCAUUUCAGGCCCUGCCUUAAAUGUAGCCAUGGCAGGCAGUGUAGGGAGUGAUCCAUUAGGUGGCUUUUACAGAGCAAAAUUACGUCGGGCAAAUGUGAAUUUUCUCUCUGCACCUGUCAAAGAUGGGACAACAGGAACAGUGAUAGUUCUUACAACUCCAGAUGCUCAGCGAACCAUGCUUUCAUAUCAGGGUACAUCUUCAUCUGUUAAUUACGACCCAUGCUUGGCUACAAUAGUUUCCAAGACAAACAUAUUAGUAGUUGAAGGUUAUUUGUUUGAACUUCCUGAUACAAUUAAAACAAUUACAAGAGCAUGUGAAGCAGCACGCAGAAGUGGUGCAUUGGUGGCAAUCACAGCUUCAGAUGUGUCCUGCAUUGAGAGACAUUAUGAUGAUUUCUGGGAAAUUGUAGAGAACUAUGCAGAUGUUGUGUUUGCAAACAGUGAUGAAGCAAGAGCUUUAUGUGAUUUUGCCCCAGAGGAAAGUGCAAUUUCAGCUGCAAGGUAUCUUAGUCACUUUGUUCCCCUAGUAUCUGUUACAGAUGGGCCAAGAGGCUCCUACAUAGGUGUAAAAGGAGAAGCUGUAUAUAUUCCUCCUUUCCCAUGUGUACCAGUCGACACCUGUGGUGCCGGGGAUGCAUAUGCAUCUGGUAUUUUGUAUGGCAUUUUGCGGGGCAUAUCAGACCUGAAAGGAAUGGGUACACUAGCAGCUAGGAUUGCAGCCACAGUUGUUGGGCAACGGGGUACUCGACUUAGAGUUCAUGAUGCUCUUAAGCUAGCAGAGUCCUUUGCAUUUAAUCUCGAGAUUAACACCAUUAGGUCAGAUGUUGGUUCUGAUCAUGUUUCCAGCUUAUAACAUGGUGGCUCUAGCCAUUUUGAUUUCUCAAUUCUUUUUGGAGACCGUAUUCUCUUUGUCAAUAGCCUUUUACCUGUGUACAUUAUAUUAUAAAUAUAUUACAUUGAUUACAUUGAAAAUGAA